GCACACACACAACAAUCACAUACUCUCUCUCUCUCUCUCUCUCUCUCUCUCUCUCUUCUUGCCAGUAACAACAAUUCCUCAGCAACCACAAUAGCCAAAUCCAUCUAUACCGAGAUUCCACCUUCUGCAAUCCAUGAAAAACUACUUCUUUACACAACCUUGCACUGUAAAAAUGGACGAGGUUUGCCAAACUCUGCAGGUGUUCAUGAUAAUGCUGGUGGAACUCCAAAGAAGCUUACUUUAAUGGCGUCAGUCUUGACCCUCUUGUAUCAGUUUCAUGGGUGAGAGGUUUUUGGUUCAUGUCUUAUCAGACACGGAAGAAACAAAGGAGAGUGUUUUUUCUCUCUUGGGUCUGGAUUUGCAAGUCCUGAUCUUUUGUUUUCUGAGUUUGCAGGGCCUCGAAGGUUAUAAGAGGAGUUGGGUUUUUCUUUUAAUCACAUUGCUGGUUUUGUGAUAUAAUUAUAUGUUAAAUAUAGAGGCUCAGAGGUGUAUAAUGAUGGAGGGUUUUGUCUCAGUGCAUUGUCGGCGGGCUUUGUGUGGAAUAUUUUGAAUCUUCCUCUGUUUUUGAACAGUCUCCAGUUCGAUGUCUCAUCUGGGUCUAAAAAGGAAGUAGUAUCUCAGUAACGAUAAAUUCUUAGUCAACCUCCAGCUGCUACUUUCUGCAUUUUUCAAAGUCCAGUAGUGGGUCUGUUUCUGUUACCUUUUUGGAUAUCUGUAUGUGUUUAAUUCCAUAACUGGAAUCUUCAUUGCCAUCUGGGUAAAUUAUGAAGGUUAGCAGAUGGGAAUUAAGUGGGUUUCUUGUACAGUUUUUUUCGCUCCUAUCAUCAAAUCUGUGGAGCAUAGUUUCAGGUCUUGGCUCAAUGUCUUCCAUUGCUAUUUCUUACGGUGAGAAUGGUCCUGUUUUCUGUGGUCUAAAAGCUGAUGGGUCUCAUCUGGUGACAUGUUAUGGAUCAAACUCAGCUAUAAUUUAUGGAACUCCUGCUCAUUUCCCAUUUCUUGGCUUAACAGCUGGCGAUGGAUUUAUAUGUGGGCUGUUGAUGGACUCUAAUCAGCCAUAUUGUUGGGGAAGCAGUAGUUAUAUUCAAAUGGGUGUUCCUCAACCAAUGAUCAAAGGAGCUGAGUAUUUAGAAAUCAGUGCAGGUGAUUACCAUCUCUGCGGAUUGAGAAAGCCCUUGACCGGAAAGCGCAGAAACUAUGCUUUUGUUGAUUGUUGGGGAUACAACAUGACUAAGAACUAUGAGUUUGAUGGUCAGAUUCAGUCAAUCUCAGCUGGGUCUGAUUUCAACUGUGGAUUGUUUUCUCAGAACAGGACCGUUUUUUGCUGGGGUGAUGAGACCAGCAGCCGGGUAAUCAGCUUGAUCCCCAAAGAAAUGAGGUUUCAGAAGAUUGCAGCUGGUGGGUACCAUGUUUGUGGGAUCUUGGAAGGGUUAAACCCUAGAGCUUUUUGCUGGGGAAGGAGCUUGGAUCUUGAAGAAGAGAUUUCAGUGGCAUAUUCAGAUCAAGGAAAUGUGGAUUUGCCUCCAAAAGAUCCAAUGAUUUCGGUUGUGGGAGGAAAGUUCCACGCCUGUGGAAUCAAGAGCUAUGAUGGUUUUGUAAUUUGCUGGGGUUUUAUUGUCAAGCCAAGCACUCCAGCUCCUAGUGGCAUUAAGGUCUAUGAGAUUGCAGCUGGGAACUACUUCACUUGUGGGAUUCUUGCAGAGAAAUCCUUCUUACCUGUCUGUUGGGGUCUUGGUUUUCCUACAUCUCUCCCUUUAGCUGUAACUCCAGGACUCUGCAAAACCACUCCUUGUGGUCCUGGUUUCUAUGAAGUUAGCCAUGAAAAUGCUCCCUGCAAGUCUCCAAACAGUCAUGUUUGCUUGCCUUGUACUGGUAGUUGCCCUGCUGGGAUGUACCAGAAAACUGAAUGCACUUUGAAAUCUGAUCGUAUAUGUGAUUAUAAUUGUUCGUGUUGCUUAUCAGCUGAAUGUUUCUCGAAUUGUUCUUCGUCUAUUGCUGCUAAUGGGAAGAAAAAUGAAAGGUUCUGGUCAAUGCAAUUGCCAGUCAUUGUUGCAGAGGUUGCCUUUGCUGUUGUUUUGGUAAUUGUUGUAGCUUCCACUUCAGUUCUGUAUGUCCGCUACAGAUUGAGAAACUGUGAAUGUGCUGCAAAGGCAUCAAGGUCCAAGAAGAUUAAUGGGAAUGGUACUUUGAAAGACAAUGGGAAAAUCCGUCCUGACUUGGAAGAGCUCAAGAUAAGGAGAGCUCAAACGUUCACUUAUGAGGAACUUGAGAGAGCCACUGGUGGGUUUAAAGAAGAAUCAUUGGUGGGAAAAGGGAGUUUUUCCUGUGUAUAUAAAGGUGUAUUGAAGGAUGGGACUGUAGUUGCCGUCAAGAAGGCUAUUAUGUCCUCAGAUAUGCACAAGAACUCGAAAGAAUUUCACACAGAACUCGAUCUCUUAUCAAGAUUAAACCAUGCCCAUUUGCUUAAUCUACUUGGUUAUUGUGAAGAAGGGGGAGAGAGGCUUCUUGUUUAUGAGUUCAUGGCCCAUGGUUCCCUGCAUCAACACCUCCAUGGGAAGAACACUGCAUUGAAGGAGCAACUGAAUUGGGUUCGAAGAGUUACGAUAGCAGUCCAAGCUGCUCGGGGAAUAGAAUACUUGCAUGGUUAUGCCUGUCCUCCGGUGAUUCACAGAGACAUAAAGUCCUCAAACAUUCUCAUCGACGAGGAACACAAUGCUCGAGUUUCUGAUUUCGGUCUCUCCCUUUUGGGACCUGCAGAUAGUAGCUCACCAUUAGCUGAGCUGCCUGCUGGGACUCUUGGCUAUCUUGAUCCUGAGUAUUACAGGCUUCACUACCUCACAACCAAAUCUGAUGUCUACAGCUUUGGUGUACUACUUUUGGAAAUUCUCAGUGGCAGAAAAGCUAUAGACAUGCAAUAUGAAGAAGGGAAUAUAGUUGAGUGGGCAGUCCCUUUGAUCAAAUCAGGAGAUAUAUCAGCAAUUCUGGAUCCUGUUCUGAAACCUGCACCUGAUCUUGAAGCACUGAAAAGGAUUGCAAACAUGGCCUGCAAAUGUGUAAGAAUGAGAGGCAAAGAAAGGCCAUCAAUGGACAAAGUGACAACAAGCCUAGAGAGAGCUCUUGCUCAGUUAAUGGGCAGUCCGUGUAAUGAGCAACCUAUAUUGCCAACUGAAGUGGUUCUUGGAAGUAGUAGGAUGCACAAGAAGUCCUCUCAGAGAUCUUCGAACAGGUCAGUCUACGAAGCUGAUGUAGCAGAAGGCGAAGAUCAGAGGUGUGAGUUCCGAGCUCCCUCAUGGAUAACAUUCCCUAGCGUGACAUCUUCUCAAAGGAGGAAGUCAUCUGUUUCGGAGGCUGAUGUUGACGGAAAAAGCUCGGAAACUAGAAUUGUGGGUAAUCCGGGAGGAGGAGGCUGUGGCGGUGAUGGUUUGAGGAGUCUGGAGGAAGAGAUUGGACCAGCUUCUCCUCAAGAGAGCUUGUUCUUGCAGCACAAUUUCUAAAGCAGUUCACCAUUUUGGAUUUCUUGAUUUAGGGAUAAUGGUGGCUUGGGUUGGAAAUUUUAAAGCCUUUUUUUGGAGGUCACAAGGACAUGUAAAGACUAAAAAGAGAAGGAUCUGAUGUAUGUAAAUCUUCUGCGGUUGCCAUUGCUGCUACCAUGUUCAAAUUGUAUUCUAAUAGCUGUUAAUUAAUUGAUUUGUCAUGGUUAGUUUCUUUCAUGUAUUGAAAUUCUGAUAACUUGCUGGAUAUAUAACCUUGUGUGUUUUUUAUUUUUUAUUUUUU